AUGUCGGUACAAUGGCGGCGAAAUUGGGGGGGUCUUAUUGUGUCACUGAAUCGAGGCCGUUUUGUGCUGCUGGCGGUGGGUGCUAUUACGCUGCUGGGGAUGGUUGGUGCCUAUCAACUGGAUCCGAAAGGCUUUGUCAGCGCACCCUUGGAUUAUCUCUAUCGGGUUGUGCAGCUGUUCGCAGUUGAGGGUGAUUGGACCGCUGGUCACAGUCAGCUGCCACUGGCGCUGGAAAUUGCCAGAUUUGCCGCGCCGAUUGUUACCAUUGCAUCGCUGAUUGUUCUGUUUGCCGAAGGCAUCUGGACCGCGCUGAUAAAUGCCCGCGUGCGCUUCUACAAAAACCACAUUGUAGUGGUGGGGUUGUCCGCAUCAGCCAUGGAACUGGUGCGCAGCGCACAUCAGCGCAAACUCGACGUUGUUGUUAUUGAAAAAGAUCCAGACAAUCGCUUGAUUCAAAACUGCCGCAGCUUACUGAUACCGGUGUUGCUUGGUGAUGCAAAACACACAGAGUGGUUGAAAAGGGCACGGGUGGCCCAUGCGGGUUCAUUGGUGUCGUUUGUGCAACUGGACGACGAGAGCAUUGAAUUGUCGUUACGCGUUCAGGCUAUGGUGGAAGAUCGGCGCCCUGACCAGCUUCCGCCACUCAAAGUCAUAUUGAAGUUGCACGACAUGCAACUGGGCAGUCGUCUCGAAAGUUAUCCGAAAUUCUUUGAAAAUCCACGCAGCGUUGAAGUGCGCUUUUUUAAUCUGGACGCGUUGGCGGCGCGCUCACUGUUUCGUGAGUUUUAUCCUGAAGUCUAUGCUGAUGCAAUGGGCCGGGAUCAUGUUCACAUCGUAGUCCUGGGUUACGGCAGUCUGGGCAAGCAGGUCGUCAUCAAUGCGUUGAAACAGGCGCACUAUGCCAAUGACAAACCGUUGCAACUCACCAUUGUUGAUCGCGAUGCGCUGAUCAGCGAAGAGACCUUUCGGCGCGAGCACCCGGGUGUCGAAAUGGCCGCGCAGGUGCUUUUUGUGCCUAUGGAACUUAACGCUGAAGCUUUGCGCGGUGAAGCCGCAACGUUAGGCCUGGAUGACGCGACGAUGUUUGUCUGCACGUUGGGAGGUGAUGCAGCGAAUAUGAGUAUGGCUAUUGCGCUUCGCCAGUUGGCGCUGUUGGGUGGGGUGCCCAACUCCCCUAUUUUUGUUGCGCUGCGUCACUCCCGUGGGCUUGCUCAACUGGUUGAGUCAGAAAUGGAUAACCCUGAAAUUCCCGAUGGAUUAUAUCCGUUCGGGAUGGUGGAGCAGCUUAUCCGGGUUGAUCGGGUUGUAAAUGAACGUUUGGAUAAUCUUGCGAUUGCGUUACACGAAAACUAUCUUGGCGGGCUCGAGAAACAAACAAUCCAACAGGCGUCCCAUUACCCCUGGAGUGAACUGUCGGAAACCUUUCGUAACGAUGCGCGCGCUCAAGCUGAUCAUGUGAGAACUAAACUUCGCGCCGCCGGGUAUGUGCUGGUGCAGCGAGAGACCAAACAACAGUUCAGUCAAAGCGAGGUGCUACGCCUGGCUGAAAUUGAAAAGAAGCGCUGGGUUGCGGAGCGAGCAGCCGUCGGCUGGACGUUUGGCGAGGUUCGAAGUGACCUGGCUAAAAUUCACCCCGGGCUUAAAUCCUGGCAGUCCAGUUCAACGUCGGAACGUACCCAGGACAUGGCUUCCGUGCAGAAAUUACCAGGCAUUCUGCGCGAACGACUGGGUGCUGGUAUCGCGCGACAGGUUGUGAUUGGCAUAACAGGGCAUCGUGCACAUCGUUUAAACAAACACCUGGACUAUGUUGACGCGCAGGUACGCAAAGAAUUCGAGAAAAUAGCCGCGCUCUAUCCCGGCGCGGAAUUUACUAUUCUUUCUGCUCUGGCUGACGGCAGCGACAGGCUGGUAGCACAGCUGGCUUUAGAAACACUCGAUGCGCAGCUGGUGGUGGCGUUACCGUUGCCAUACGAAAUCUACAAAAGGUCAUUUGGGCAUGCGGACCACCUGAGCAACCAGGCCUCUAAUGAAGAGUUCCAGCGCUUUGUGGGUCGUUCGAGCCUGUAUUUUGAAAUGCCUUUGCGUUUCGCCAGCGCUCAGAUUCUUGAGCAGGAUAACGCUGCAGGUGAACAGGCGCGUGCGCAUCAAUAUGCGCUGGCAGGUGCUUAUAUUGUCAGCCGUUCGGAUGAGUUAAUCGCCGUGUGGGACGGGCAGGAUGCGCGCGGCAUUGGGGGGUCAGAUAUCGAUGGGUUGCGUGCUGUAGCCGUAUUGCCUGUGGUUUUUUAUCACGCCGGAUACACCACUUUCAGCGGCGGGUUUGUUGGUGUCGAUAUUUUUUUUGUGAUUUCCGGCUUCCUGAUCACCUCGAUUAUUUUCAGGGACAUCCAGGGGCAGACCUUUUCCUACCGGCAAUUUUAUGCCCGCCGCGUUCGUCGGCUGUUUCCCGCUUUGUUCAGCGUGGUCCUGGCCAGUUGUUUAGCCGCUUACCUGCUGCUGUUGCCUGAAGAACUGCGCGACUUCGGCCAGAGCGUUUUCAGCAUGGUGCUGUUUGCUUCCAAUUUUCUGUUCUGGAGUGAGUCGGGGUAUUUUGCUGAAGCGGCAGAACUGAAACCGCUCCUGCAUACCUGGUCACUGGCCAUUGAAGAACAGUACUACCUGUUGUUUCCGAUGUUUCUGCUGGCGGUUAAGCGGCUGCGCGCACAACCUUAUCUGCAGUGGGUUUGGGGUUUGCUGGUGAUCUCUUUUGCAGUCUCUAUAUGGAGUGUUUAUCAGGCACCGGAUGCGGCUUUUUAUCUGCUACCCAGCCGUAUGUGGGAACUUCUGCUUGGUUCUGUUCUCGCGAUGAAGAUGCCUGUGAUUCGUUCCCGCGCGUUAGCUGAGUUGCUUGCUGUCACAGGUCUUGUGUUGAUUGGCCUGGCGGUUUUUACCUUCGAGGCGGGCAUGCGGUUUCCGGGCGCUGCUGCGCUGGCGCCGUGUCUGGGAACGGCUUUGAUCAUCUCCACUGGUGCCCAAUUUCCCACCGCGAUAACAAAAUUUCUGAGUCUGCGCGCUUUGGUAUUUGUUGGGCUCAUUUCAUACUCGCUGUACCUGUGGCACUGGCCCGUUAUUGCGUUUACCAAACACUACCUCGGCACGCCGUUAACACCUGUGACUAUGGCUCUGCUGGUGAUGGUUUCGGUGUUGUUAAGUAUUUUUUCCUGGCGCUACAUCGAACAACCUUUCCGUGGCGCGAGUGCCUGGAUGACGACCACAACUCUGUUCCGUGCAGCCGGCGGCGUUGCGUCAUUGCUGAUUGUCUGUGGCUUGGUGUUUGCCCUGUCGCAAGGGCUGCCAGAUCGGCUGCCCGGUGAUGUGGCCGCUAUCGCUGCUAUUGGCGAGCAAAGACCCGUGGCUAACGAGUUCUGUGGCCCAGGUCAGGUGCACAACACCUUCAACGAACCGCGUUGUCGACUCCUUCCUGAUUCGCUGGAACCUUCUAUUCUCAUCUGGGGUGAUUCACAUGCGAACGUGUUGUUGCCCGCGCUACGGGAGAGCCUGCACCCUCUGCAGCGAAACGCAAUUUAUAGCGUAGCCAAUGGUUGUGCGCCGCUGCUGAGUGCGCAGCGUAUCGUGCAGCGGCGCAGCGGAUCAGCGGGUAACCUCUCAUGUCUUGAUCACAAUCUGGCAUUAUUUGAGGCCAUCCGGCAGAGCAUAUCCAUCGAAACUGUUGUGCUUGUCGCGCGCUGGGGUUUUCAUGCUCAGGGUGUUGAAGUGCCGGGCAAAGAAGGCGCCGCGCGCUUCCUGCAAACAACAACCACUCGGGCUACUUCAGUGGAAGAAAACAGGCAGAUUUUUUCUGCGGCGUUGACCGACACCCUUAAGCAGUUGUCCAUGGCGGGUAAGUCUGUUGUGGUGGUGGAUGGUCUACCUGAGGCAAAAGGGCAUGUACCUGAUCUGCUGGCCAAGGCGCCACUUUAUCAAACCCUGGAGCAAGCGCUUGCAGCAGAGGUGGAAGUUGGUUUUGACACGCCGCUGUUUUUUGAUGAUAAUCACCUGUCGGAGGCAGGGGUUAACAAGGUGACGUCCUCGGUGAGCGACGCGUUAGCCGCGGACGCCAUGUCGGUCCUGCGUCUUGGUCCCUUAUUUCUAGUCGGCGCGUUGUGUAUUGAAGCGUUCUCGCAUAUUGGUGACGAGCAAUCCAGAUUCGUCUGGAUCCCCGCCGCUGCAGCCGCGUUGUUGAUCGUUGAAUGGCUGGUGCUGCGUACAAAAGAUGUCCCGCUUCGUUACGCUGGCCUGCUGCUCAUUUUACCCUGGCUUGCAAUUGUGAUUGUCAUGCUGCAGCACGUCAGUGUGGGUGUCAUCCAGCCCACCAUUGUAUUCAUGGCGAUAUCAAUGAUUGCCGUGGGGGCGCUGAUGAUGCCUCUGUGGCCGAUGUUAGUCGCCCUCAUCAGCAGUUCUGUAAUUGUACUCUGGUUGGAGUUUGUGGUUGCGCAGGAAGAGGCUUCCGUUAGUCUCCUGGUGUUAGUCCUGACGCUGAGCGUCGCUACCCUGGUUUAUCGCGUACGUCGUCGCGCCAUAGUGAAUGAAGUAGGACGUCGCGCGGCACAAACCGAAUUAGCACUUCAGCGCUUAAAGGUUGCCAGUGCUGAACAGAAACUGGCGCUGUCGACAAAUAUGGCGGGUGGUAUUGCGCACAAACUGAAUAAUGAUCUGCAGACGAUUGUCAUCGGGUUGGAGAAUGCAUUGCGUCUUCUGCCAGAGCAUCCGGCCGCGAAGCUGUUAAACCAUGCGUUAGACAGUACUCAGAAUGCUGCGGAACUGGUGAAGAAGUUACAUAUCCACACCGGCAAAAUGAAUUCAGAAAGUGAAACUUUCGACAUCAAGCGGCUGUUAGAUGAACCCAUGCUGCGCGCCCAGCUGCCUGAAGACGCUGAUUUGUUUCUGUCCUUUACCGGCUUGCCCAUACAGUUGAACGGCCUGGCGCUGCCAGAUGGUAGGGGCGCGGUCCUGGUGCGCGCAAGUGCAACGGGCGAUGGCGUACGUAUAGAAGUGAGUGAUGAUGGGGUGGGUAUAGCUGAGGAGAAGAAUGUGGGGAGAGUAGAAGGCAAAGUAGUUGUCGUCACCGGUGCCGCAUCGGGGUUGGGGUUUGCUGAUGCACAACAACUGGUGGCAGAAGGUGCACAUGUUGUUUUGACAGAUAUCGAUGCCGAGCGUGGACAAGCGUGCGCGGACUCGUUAGGUGCGGCAUUUCUGCAGCAGGACGUGGCAGAUGAAGCCAGUUGGGAUCGAUUGAUGAGUUUUGUUGAAGAUCGAUUCGGGCGUCUUGAUGGCAUGGUCAACAAUGCGGGCAUUGCACCCAUUGCAGACAUCGAAACCACCACAACUGAUGUCUGGCGCAAAACCCUGGCGAUUCACCUGGAUGGCACCUUCUGGGGGUGCCAGAGCGCCAUCAAACUGAUGAAAAAAGGCAGCGGUGGUUCUAUUGUGAACAUGUCCUCAACCGCCGCGUUAGUGGGCAUCCCGGCGUACCUGGCGUAUUCGGCUGCUAAGGGUGGUAUACGUUCAAUGACCAAGGCGGUGGCGAUUCACUGCCGGCAACAGAAGUUGGGGAUUCGCUGUAAUUCGGUACACCCGGGCAGUAUCAGUACCCCCAUGGUUCAUCAUGCGCUGAAAGAACUGGUGGGUGUUGAUCUGCCGGCCCAGGAAGACCCGGAGGCAACCCGUUUAGCCAUGGGUGUUGGCGAAGCCAAUGAUGUGGCACAUAUGAUUGUCUAUCUGAUUUCAGAUGAAGCCAAACACAUUAACGGUGCAGAAAUGGUCAUCGACAACGGCGACACCGUCGUCUGA